AUGUUUGCAAUUUACUUUUUUACCAUCACUUUUGUUGCGUUGUACGCAUUGCUGAAAUACAUUUUCACAUAUUGGGAGCGUCGCGAUUUCCCAUAUUUGGAGCCUACAUUUGUUUUUGGCAAUAUGAAGUCAUUCGUGUUGCGAAAGCGUUCUUUUGGUCUUGCAAUUUGGGAUUUGUAUCGAAAAACGACGAAACCUGUCGUUGGCGUUUACAUGUUGACCAAUCCGGGAGUUCUUGUGCGUGAUUUGGAGCUCGUGAAAAAAGUUCUUGUUACGGAUUUUGAUCACUUUUAUGAUCGUGGCAUGUACAAUAAUAAGAAACGAGAACCAAUAGCGUCGUUUCUUGCUGCUGAACGAGGCGAAGAUUGGAAAACUUUGAGACAAAAAUUGUCUCCGUUAUUUUCUUCGGGUAAAUUGAGGCUUAUGUUUCCAACGAUAUUGCAACAAGUCAAGAGAUUAGAAGAACAUUUGAAACCGAUGGCAGAGAGAAAUGAGAUUGUUGGCAUGAAAGAUAUUCUCAUCAGAUACGCAUUGGAUGUUGUUGGAUCUAUUUUCUUCGGAACUGAUGUUAAUACGAUGCAAAAUCCUGAUCAAGAUUUUUAUCGAAUGAACAAAAUUUUAAAUAGCCCGGAUUUUAAAGAGAAUUUACGCAUGGGAUUAGUUUUCAUUGCUCCAAAAAUUAUCGAUUUUCUUCGAAUGUCACCUUUCAAUCCUGAAGCCAAACGUUUUUUUCUCGAGCUAACUACUGCAACAAUUAAACAUCGAGAAGAAAAUAAAGUUGAUCGCAACGAUUUUAUGAAAUUAAUGCUCGAAUUACGUGAAUCUGAGAAAGGCACAACGCAUCAACUUUCCAUCGAAGAAAUUGCUUCGAAUUGUCUCUUGUUUUACAAUGCGGGAACGGAAACCACAUCAGGCACUGUUGGUUUUCUCUUGUACGAAUUGGCAUUGAAUCCGCAAGUCAUGCAAACUCUUUUGCACGAGAUUGACGAAACAUUGGCAAAAAGCAAUGAGAUAUCGUAUGACAUGAUACAAGAUAUGACAUAUUUGGACAUGUGUUUGAAGGAAACAUUGCGAAAGUAUCCUGGCUUGGCAAGUCUGAAUCGAGAAUGUACGAAAGAUUAUCGAAUUCCAGGAACGAAAUUUACAAUCAAGAAAGGCAUGUCAACGAUAAUUUCUGUAAUGGGUUUGCAUUAUGACUCACGUUACUUUCCGAAUCCAGAAGUGUUUGAUCCUGAACGCUUUCGAAAAGGCAAUGAAACGUACAAUAAAGAUGCUUAUAUGCCAUUUGGGGAUGGGCCUCGUCAAUGUAUCGCUGUCAGAUUGGGAUUCAUUGAGGCGAAAUUAGCGGCUGUGAUGCUACUGUCGAAGUAUAAAUUUGAAACGAUUCAUCAAAAACCCAUGGAAUUCGAUGGAUAUGCGUUAACGUUGCAAGCGAAGGAUGGAUUGCCAUUAAAGAUAUCGCUCAGACAUUAGAAUACAUUACAAGAACACGCGCCAACAAGAUGAA